GAAAUAGCUCAUGGAGCUAUGUAUUUGGAGAUGUGCUAUGUAGUUUUGCAGUUUAAGUGAUAUGUUUCAGAGAAGAUAAAAAAUAAAUAUUCAACAACAAAAAAAAUAUUUGAGUUAAACUAAAAUAACACAUCUCUUGUUUUCUCUUCGCAGCUGGAGAAUCAUUUCAGCCCCAACUGUUCAUUCUGGAACUACUCUGAGCGUUCGAUGACGGGCCAGUGGUCAUCUCAGGGCUGCCGGCUGAUCGAAACCAACAGCACACACACAACCUGCUCUUGUAGCCAUCUAACCAACUUUGCAGUGCUGAUGGUGCACCACGAGCCAGACUAUCCAGGCAGGAUGCACGAGUUGAUCCUUUUUGUAAUCACAUGGGUUGGGAUCGUCAUCUCGCUGGUGUGUCUUGCAAUCUGCAUAUCCACCUUCUGCUUCUUGCGGGGCCUCCAGACUGACCGGAACACGAUCCACAAGAACCUUUGCAUCAACCUAUUCAUCGCCGAGCUCCUUUUCCUCAUCGGCAUCGACAAGACGCAGUACCACAUUGCAUGCCCCAUUUUUGCGGGCCUUCUGCAUUUCUUCUUCCUGGCUGCGUUCUCCUGGAUGUGUCUGGAGGGGAUCCAGCUGUACCUGAUGCUGGUGGAAGUCUUCGAGAGCGAAUACUCCCGAAAGAAAUACUACUACCUUUGCGGCUACUGCUUUCCAGCCCUGGUGGUGGGCAUCUCAGCAGCCAUCGACUACCGCAGCUAUGGGACCAAGAAAGCGUGCUGGUUGAGGGUGGAUAACUACUUCAUCUGGAGUUUUAUCGGCCCUGUGUCCUUCAUUAUCAUGUUAAACCUGGUGUUUCUCAUGAUAACUCUUCACAAGAUGAUCCGUAACUCAUCAGCUCUUAAACCUGACUCCAGCCGCCUGGACAACAUCAAGUCCUGGGCUUUGGGAGCCAUCGCUCUGCUCUUUCUCCUAGGAUUGACCUGGGCUUUUGGCCUGCUCUUCAUCAAUGAGAACACAGUCAUCAUGGCGUACCUUUUCACCACCUUCAAUGCCUUCCAGGGCAUGUUCAUCUUCAUCUUCCACUGCGCUCUGCAGAAAAAGGUGCAUAAGGAGUACAGCAAGUGCCUGCGUCAUUCAUACUGCUGCAGUCGCACCUCCACGACCAGCUCUCACGGCUCUCUGAAGAACUCUGCCCUGCGCACAAACAACCGAUACUACACCGGCAGUCAGACACGCCAUGCAGCAGUGCACAGACAGAGCCGUAUCCGGCGCAUGUGGAACGACACGGUGAGAAAGCAGACGGAGUCAUCCUUCAUGGCCGGAGACAUCAACAGCACCCCUACCCUCAACCGUGGUACAAUGGGCAAUCAUCUUCUGACCAACCCUGUUCUUCAAACCCGUACAGGAAGCUCUCCUUAUAACACACUGCUGGCUGAGACCUUCACACCACCAUCACCUGGAGUCUUCAACUCUACUGGAACUUUCCGUGACCCAAAGAGCACACUGUCAAAGAACCGAGAUCACGGAGGCAUGGAGACACUACCUCUGAACGGGAAUUUCAACAACAGUUACUCUCUACGCAGCGUCGGGGGUUCAGGUGCCCCAGGGGGCAGCUGUGACUUCUUGGGAGGUGGAGGUGGAGAUAGCCCCCCUCCUCUACUCAACCCCCGUGGCUCAGAAACUCUUGGCGGCAUACGGAGAAACCUCUCAGAUGCUGCGGCAUUCGAGAAGAUGAUCAUAUCCGAACUCGUGCACAAUAAUCUAAGAGGCGGUGGAGGGGUUGGGGGCGGUGACAGAACAUGUGGCAGCCUGGCCAGAGGACAUGGCCACUUGGGCAUGGGGAGAGCCGGAGGUGGGGUCGAGCCGGUGAUUGGCAUGGAGGAUGACGAAGACUUUCGCUCAAGGGAAGCACGUCAGCGCACACCACAGGAUGUGGAACUGCUUUACAAAGCUCUGGAAGAGCCCCUUCUUCUUCAGCGUGCCCAGUCUGUGCUCUACCAGAGUGACCCGGAUGAGUCUGAAAGCUACACAGCUGACCUGACUGAGAGUUUGGGUCAUAGCGGUCACAGUGCCCAAAGUGCAGCAGGGCAGGGGCACAGUGGACCUCCUGAUUCACCUGCAAGGGAUUCCCUCUAUACCAGCAUCACCAAUCUGCGAGACUCACCUUACCCCGACAGCAGUCCAGAACCUCUGGAAGUGGUUCCGCGCUCUGCCCAGCCUCCAGAGGAGCUAUACUACAGCUCAGGUCGGCCCGCCAUUGGCUCCCGCGGGGCCCCCAUGCAGACCUUCUACCAGGCUCCACCUAGGAGACCGAGCACUGAAGCUCACCCGGCCCCUGAGGCUCCCCAUAGUGAGGGAGAUGGACAGAUGCAGUUGGUCACAAGCCUGUGACCACAUGGAAGAGGUUGAGGAGGAAGAGCGCCACAGGGUUUAAUGCAAAGUGCCGAUGAUAGACUCCUCUUCUGUCUCUGACGCCCUCCUUAAGUCUGGUUGCCUUUUUGCUCUUUCAUUUGUUUUGAACUAAGAGGUAAGGAAAGCCUAAACAGGGAGAGCGACAGAGAGGUUUGUCUCCAUGGCAGCAGGCUCUCUGAAGUGCUGUGUAACCACUCUGCUCUCUCAUCAGCAUCAUUUUCUCCUCCCUCCUCAGACACACACACACACAUACAGAAAUAGCAAGACCAGCAAGACUCUGCCUUCAGCUCUCUUUGCUCCAAGAAUACCACCAAGCAUCUCACCGGACUUCUAUUUCUGUGUUUUAUUUUAUGCCAUGUCUUUAAAAAUGUUUUGCAUAACUCCUUACCUUCUUUUUCCCUUUUUCUGUUUUUCUUCAUCAUUAUUUGAUGAGAGCUGUUACGUGAGGAAAUGGGGGUAUGCCAUUAUACUGCAAGUGACAAAAAAUCCUCCUGAAAGCUCUUCGUGUUGCCAAAAAUAACUGUUUUUGAGCCAGGACACAAACUGGAAUCUACACAUACACACACACGCACACUCACAGAAGUGCUUGUUAUUGAACAUCAAGAGUGUGAACAUAUGCUCAUGAAAAAGGAAAACAAGGACUAUUGUUCAGACACAGGUAGCAGGAAGCUGCCUUAGUGGAGUUGCCUUUAUUUCUUUCUCUGAACUGACUCUUCUGUACAGAACAACCACAGAGACUGGGAACUGGGAAGGGCGGGGGGACGUUAGGACACAACCCAUAGUCAGCUGAGCGGUUUGAAGCCUUUCAGCUCUUGUGAAUGAAACUCUGUAGGGCUCAGAUCCACAGAUGGGGGCAGAUUAAGGAUUGAACCUGCUCUCCGAAUCACUGAUGGAUGUUGUAGGUGAACGUGCUGUAUCACCUGUGUUAUUGUGGCUAGAAGAAUUUUUUUGCUACCGCUCCCGCCAUUCUUCAAGUCUGACCUCUGUACAUACAAAACCACACGAAAGCGAAAGCAAGUCUUAUUCUACUCGUCUUGUACAUAGAUGAACAAAAGCAACAAAAAAGUAUCAAAUACUAUAAAAAACAGUUCCUUUACUGCAUCAGAAAUUCAAAAGAGUCGAAAAUAAACAUGUUUUGAAGUUUGUGACAUGAACGCCACUCCAGUCUCUCCCUCUCUCCUCUUUCGCUCUCUUCGGCCCUCGUUCGGUCCUGCCCUGAAGCACAGUGGUGCCAGGAAAUCUAAUUGUCUGCCAAGAGACAGCAAGACGGAGAGACAGAAAGAGAAUGAUUUUACAUACAAACUAGAUAAAUCCUGGCACAAUUUUUAUGUAAUAUAACCCAUUACAUUGUUGGUAAUGUUUGACCUUCAACAUUCCCAGACAGGAAGUGCUUGACAUGAAUGAAAGGGGAAUACACUGUGCCUCGCGGGUGCACUGGUGCAUUGUGGGUUGAUUGACAGCAGCCAUAAUGUAGUGUUGGUUAUAUUUUAUCUGAAAGAUAUAAUAGAUAUCAGAUGACUAGAUGAAUAGAAUAUAAGAUAUUUAGGUGAAAAAAAAAUAGGGGCGGGGGGCACAUUUGGUGAAGUUUCAGUCGCAAACUCUAGAUUGUAUUUGACUGUUUUUGCAUACCAAUAUCAGCUGUUGUUUCUGAAUCUGGUGUGACAGUUGAUUUACUAUUUGUAUGUGUAUGUCUGAACAUGAUUGUUUGGAUGCCUGAGAACCAGAGUGUGUAUGUGUGUGCGCUCGUGCGUCUGUAUUUCAGAGGCUAUUUUUACUGGGUUAGAUGGACCCGCAUUAGAAAAACAGGAAGCAGAGUAAAUCUAUAUCUAUAUAAGAGCUCGGUAUAAGCUUCCAUCUGAAAAAAACUUUGUUAAAGGUAUUUUAAAUGUUAAUUUGCCAGUCAGGUACAAUGGAAAACAAAACCACAACAACAACAACAACAACAAACCAGAAUUAGCAUUCACUGAGUGAUAGGAACAUCUGACCAAUGAGACACAAUCUCUUUGGUUUAGAAUCCCCAUAUGCAAAGCAGCUACAUGGCCUAUUGAAUAAAAAAGAGGUAUUCACGAGUGUUCCGCCCCUCCGAAGUCUGCUCAAUCUCAUGUCUGAUGUUUUAUUUAUUAAUAUUUAUUUGUCUGUUUUGAUUAUUUAUGCACUUAUUCAUUUAUUCAGUGUGGUUAUUAUUCUGUGUACAGAGUAUAUGUGAGGGUGACGGGUUUGCGCUAUAUUUUGAAGAGCAUACUACUCUUACUAAAGCUGCAGUAUAUGCUAUGUAUUCCGAAUCAUAUCAUGUCCAUUUUGUUCCACAGUUUCCAAGCACAUUUGCCAUCAUGAGUGCUAAAUGAUGGAGUAUGAAUUCAGAAAGAUUCAGGCUGUUUCUCAAUAUGCGUUCUUCAGCGUAUUUACGUCUUGGCGUUCUUGUGUAAUGUAAUCAUAAACUGCCAAAGUUCAGUUACAAAACUUAAGACCGUAUGAACAGAGGAGGCGUGAAAGUUCCUGCGUUUUUGAUAUUAAGGACGCAUCGACGCAGACUUGAGCGCAAAACCUGCUCGAGAAGUCCUAGAAAUCAUUGCGGCCGAAUACAGAAGGUGAGAAGCGCAGAAUUUAAUCUAGAUUUAAUAAUAAAGUUCAGAGAUAUAACGUAUUUAUCAGGAGUUUCCGUAAAUGAGGAGGUAAAGGAAACAUUACCUUGAAAAUCUUUAUAAAGGCAUAAACAGAUUAAGGGUGUUUAUUUGCCGAAAUUUUUAUUAAAUUUAGUUUCAUUUUGUAUUGUGUAAUGUAUGUUUGUAAGGUCUUUAUGCAUAGUAUAUGUUGUGAAAAGGGGACAAACAAUAAAUCGUACAAAUGCUGUACAUGGUCAUGUGAAGGUCAUGUGACCAUCACGAACAACCAGAGAAGAAUGCAGCAUUUCAUUUCUUACAGGACACUUUCUCUGUUCUUGCGGUCUUCCAAGUUCGUUCUUUUGAGGUAACUUGGCAAGACCACAAGAACGCAAAUACGUUCUCAUCAUUUUUGAAAUUGAGAAACAGCCAGACAGUUGCACUCUUUUCUUGGUAGAGGAGAUUUAACCAGUGGACUGCAAAUAUUAUUGUAACCCACAAUGCAAUGUCUUGACCUUUUGUUUCCCAGUAUGAUAAAUGGGAUCAAAAUAAUAUAUGGAUAUUUUGUCAAUCCAUGAUUGGACUUUAGGACAAUUAAACAAAUUUAAUUAGCCAAAUACUGUAUUCUGUUUAAUUUCCAGUAUGAAUAGAUUGGUACAAUGUGAUGAGGCCAUGUGACCACAGUGUACAUAUUGUUUUACUUCCACACAUCUGUGUGUGAAACAGUACACAAAUGUUUAGAAAACACUAUAUAGACCCUGAUCACAGGACAUAUUUUAAAACAAAGUGUAUACUGCGUAGUAAGCUUUAGUAUGCAUUCCAAACAUAGCCAUACAAAGAAAGAGUGAGAGCAAAGGUGAGAAUAUGUUAUUAGAAAGAGGUCAAGGUGGACACUGUGCAUCUCAAAUCAAUGCCCAUCUCUUUCUUUAUCCCUCACUCAUGUAAGUCUUCUAAGGGGACGUGUGUGCAAUCCAUUGCAUGGAAACUUGUACUGAUUGACACAGGGUCAGUAUGUUUGCCGGUGUGCUGGCCAGCAAGUUGUUAGUACACCCAGUCUUAUAUUUAGCCCUAGGCUUGUCUGAUCAGCUUUUCUUUAAAGCAAUGACCUGAACAGUCUUUUUUUAGUUCUUUUGUGCAAAAUGUUCUAUGUUGAUGAUGAGUAGGACCAGCUUUAACUGGUCAGCAGGUUUGACCGUUUGAAUGUAUUGUCAUACACCAUUGUGAACUAGCUCUUAGAGCUUAGGAUGCCCUCUAAGGAGAUCUGCUCCUGACUCAUGGCCCUCUGCCCAUCUGGCACAACACUGCUGCUGUUUUACCCUCUUACUCUGCUGUACUGGCCCAUGGGAGAAGCUGUUUACUUUUCCCCCUUCAUCCCCGGAGACGUCCAAUGUGCGUCAUGUUUUGUGCAUCUCUCUGUUUUCUGCCCUUGCUGGAUUUUUGCUUUCCAUCGACCCCUCUUUCACAUUCCCCUGCCUACACAGUUCUCUCCCUGUUCCUCCUUAGCUCACCGAAUUGUUUUUACACGUCUUUUCUAGCUGAGCACUAAUGUGGGAAGAUUUGUUAUGUUAGUCAAAGGCUUUGUUUACAUGGGGACUGAAGGGAUAAUAUAGUACAGUGUUGAAUAUGGUGAUAAUGACAGUGAUUAUGCGCUGUAGUAAACUGCUAGACUAAAGCCCGCUCCGAGGGACUGCUACCACCUCCAAAAAUCCCCAUACAACCCCUGAUUAUCAUAAUAAUACUAAGAGCUAUAAUCUAGCGGAGUCAACCCACCAUGCUCCCGCUCUCUGGGUUUCUCCCUUUGUCUUCCCCCACCCCUCUCGCUCUUUGAGUGCACUUAUGUUCGCUGUUCUUUAGAUAUGAAAGGAGUCACCCUGAUCCGCUCUCCACAUCGGCCUUGGUUUCAUGUCUUCACAUUCACAUAGUGGUAAAGACUGCAUGCGUAGAUACCAGAUGAGUAGGCCCAGAUGGAAUCUGCUGCUUUUUCAGAAUUUUUAAAUGAGGAAUGUUUAAAAUUGAUCAAAUGUGUUAAAUUGGGCUCAAAAGUGCUACUCUCUUAUGGGUGACUGAAAGCAUAAUGAAGUUUGUCCAUGAAAAGAAUCCUUAUAUUUGCUUGAUGAAUGCAGUUUCCUUCCUAUUUUGAACUUUUUUUUUUUUUUUAAUUUUGAGACAGGAAGGUGGAGCAAAAUAUACUUUAUCUAAGGCUGUAUUUACGCUGCAAUGAUUCAUGCUCUAUUAUAAUUUGCUAACUAUAUCCAUAUCCAUAAAUGUAACUUUUCAAAAAUGUUGCAAAUUUGAUAUAGGUAUUCUGACCUGGAUAGGCUUAUGCUUUGUUUCCACUGAUUCGGUACAGAUUUAUUUAUUUGUUGCCACUGUAAAUAAAAAAGGACCAAAAUACAACCCCUUAUGUGGAGGGCAAGUUGGCCCUCUGGGGCACAGACUGCAAGUCUAGGGAGAGAGGUUGGCCCCUGGGUAGCUUUUGUAAGGGUACCUGGCUUAAAAGUAAGGUACCAAUAGUCUGGAGCUAGAGCUACCCCACAAACUAUUGAAAAUACAGCAAGGAAAGUACCAUUUUUAAAUA